AAGGAAGAGUAGAGAGAGCCCCCAACAUAAAGAGGGGAAAGCCCAAAUCCUCUUAUUUUAUUCUUCUUCGUUUCCAAGUCUUCUCCAUCCGAGCGCGCGCGCGACCAGACCAGGUUUCUUCAUCUCUUUCUCUCUCUCUCUGUUACACUGUUUUAAGGCGGGAAAUGGCGGGAAAAGGUGGAAAAGGGCUUUUGGCGGGAAAGACCACUGCUGCCAACAAGGACAAGGAUAAGAAGAAGCCAGUCUCCCGGUCCUCCCGAGCUGGUCUCCAGUUUCCAGUGGGGCGAAUUCAUAGACAGCUGAAGUCAAGGAUAGCUGCCAAUGGCCGUGUUGGUGCCACAGCAGCGGUCUAUUCUGCUGCUAUCCUUGAGUACUUAACAGCAGAGGUCCUAGAAUUGGCAGGAAAUGCAAGCAAGGAUCUGAAGGUAAAGCGUAUCACUCCAAGGCAUCUGCAACUGGCUAUCAGGGGGGAUGAGGAGCUUGACACACUGAUCAAGGGCACAAUUGCAGGUGGUGGUGUGAUUCCUCACAUCCACAAGUCUCUCAUUAACAAAUCCUCCAAGGAUUGAAACCUUGAUUUAGUUAGGUUUCUUGACCUCCUUCCCCAUUCUAUACACUUGUAGGUUUCUUACUCCCACUUCUAUUUGUGUUUUAACUGUUAAACAUGGCAUUGGAUGUAUGUGUUUUCGUGGGCCUUGCCAGACUAAUUAAUGUUAUUUUUAUGUUCCUGUGUA